UUUUUUUUUUAAAGCGAGCAAGCGAUCCGUCAGCGGCAUGUGGCCGCGAAAAGCUGGCACUAGAAACUUUUCAAGAUGGCGGACGACGUGAGGUGGAUGGAGGUUGCUAUAAAAAUGGCAGAAGAGGCUCUUGGAGUAGGUGAAGUCCCUGUUGGCUGCAUAAUGGUCUACAACAACAACAUCAUAGGAAAGGGAAGAAACGAGGUGAAUGAGACCAAGAAUGCUACUCGCCAUGCUGAACUGGUUGCUAUAGAUGAAGUCAGAGACUGGUGCAUACAGAAUCACAAGGACACUGACCACGUCUUUGGGAAUAUCACAUUGUAUGUUACUGUUGAACCCUGUAUCAUGUGUACAGCAGCCUUACGCUAUGUGAAUAUCCCUAAAGUUGUUUACGGCUGUAAGAAUGAAAGAUUUGGUGGGUGUGGGUCGAUACUGGCUGUUCACACAGAGUAUGGCGCAGGUGAUUCUGACAAGGCUGGAGCAAAUCCUGAACUACCUCCAUUUAAGUGUAUAUCUGGAAUAUUUGCUGAUAAAGCAGUAGAGCUCCUGAAGGAAUUUUACAAAGGGGAAAAUCCUAAUGCACCAAACCCUAAAAUCAAAAUAAACAAGGGUAAAAGAGGCUGUGAGACCUGAAGAUUAUAUUAUACAGAAAACUCGAAUUAGUUUAUCUAUUUUUAUGUAGGGCUUAUUGGAGAGGGGCUUCAUAGAGAGGAUGGGGCUCAUAAUAAAAUUUUUUAAAUAUUGGUAAUUUGGUUCAUUCAGAUUUCUUUAUUUGUGAAGCUUUGGAUACUGAACUAUUUUCAGACCCAAAAGUAAAAAUCUCAGAGUUGCAAUUAGACAAAACUUGAAAGCAGAAGAAUAUCUGAAUUAAUAAAAGACUCUCAAUCUA